AUGGGGAAUGAAGCGAGCAUGGAGGGCGGCGGGCAGCCCGGUGAGCCGGGAGCCGCCGGGAUGAUGGGGUCGGUGAUGCCCGGAGGACCCGCAGCGGGACCGGGGGCAGGACAGCACAUGAAGCCGGUCAACGGAACCGCCGCCGGUGGAGGGAUGGGGAUCGGAGGCCCCGGGAUGGGAAUGACGAGAAAACACGAGCAUCUGAUGUCCGGAGCUGACAUGAGGAGAGCUGUCCGCGGUGCUGAGGCGCUCAGCCGCGACGGCUCAUCCGAACAGAAAAGGGGUCCUAUGGGUCCAAUGGGGAGCCCCAAGCCUGGCAUGCAACAAGGAGGAAUGGGAGGAAUAGGAGGAGGUGGAAUGGGAGGAAUAGGAGGAGGUGGAAUGGGAGGAAUAGGAGGAGGAGGGAUCGGUGGGAUGGGAGGUAUGGGAGGUGGAAUGGGUGGAGGCGGAAUUGGAGGAGGCAUGGGCACUGGUGGAGGAAUAGGGUCCCGAGCUGGCGAGCCCUACCGCCUGGCUACUCAUGAGAGCCCAAUCUCCCCCCGCCAUGUGCAGUCAAGCCAGGGGCCUGGCGUGGGGCAGACCGCAGGGUCAGGCCACGGGAUGGGUCACGGUCCUGGCAUGGGAGGCCAUGGAGGUCAAAGUCCUGGUCAACACGCCUCCCGUCGAAACCUUCAAGUCGACUUCAGUGGUUCAGGCGGCUCAAGGACGGGCCGUUCUCCCUCGGUGUCUCCUGACCGCGGCGUGACGCCCACCUCGCCCUACUCUGUGCCGCAGAUCGCACCAAUGCCGAGCAGCAAACUGUGCCCAGUGUGCACCACCACAGAGCUGUCCAACCCACCGGCCGUACCCAACUACAACACCUGCACCCAGUGUAAGGCCACCGUCUGUAACCAGUGCGGAUUCAACCCAAACCCGCACCUCACUGAGGUCCAGGAGUGGCUGUGUCUCAAUUGUCAGAUGCAGAGAGCUCUUGGCAUUGAUAUGACCACGCCUCGCUCUAAGAGCCAACAGCAGAUUCACUCUCCGUCACACCAAGCCAAGCCCAUCGUCCAGCCUCAGCAGCCCGCACCUCAGCCAAUACAGCCAACACCGCCGGCAGCAGCAGCACAGCCCAAGCCUUUGGCACAGAGUCAGCCUACCCAGCGGCAGCAGCAGCAGCCUCAGUCUCAGCCCUACGGCCAGACUCAACCCUACUCCCAGUCCCAGCCAUACUCCCAUUCCCAGCAGUAUCCCCAGUCUCAGCCCCAGUCGUACCCUGUGUCCCAGCCAGGGUCCCAGACUCAGCCUCAUACCUCCCCAGGCUUGCAGAGACACCCAGGCCCUGGCGGCCCCCAGACUCAGACAGGGCCCUUUCAGCAGGGCAUGAGGUCUGACCCAUACUCCCAGAGAGGUCCUGGAGCUCCAGGGGGUGUCGGAGGUCCAGCAGGAGGCCCCAACCAGCCCGGGGGUCCACGUAUUCCCCACCCUGGCGCUGUGCCUCUUCCUGGCCUCACCAAGGCUCCCUCCCAGCCCGAUUUGGGUCGUGGUUCUCCGAUGCACCAGUCUAUGGCACGGCACACUGACCAGACCAGAAGCGCCGGUUCCUCCCCAGCCCACAGACCUCAGAGUCAGGCCCCUCCUCCCGCCCAGGACGGCCUGACCAAACUGUUUGGCUUUGGGGCAUCACUGCUCAAUCAGGCUAGUACCCUGAUAAAUGUUGACCCUCUACCCACUGCCUCCACCCAGCCAAGCCCUGCACGAGGCAAGGUGGUGUUCAGUAAUGCAACUCCUGAAAACAGGCAGCAACAACAAGGGGCCCCUGGCACCAAGCCAUUUGGUAUGGGGGGCCCUCAUGUUCCAACUCAAGCGGGUGGCCCUCAUGCGCCGAGCCAGAUGGGGGGUCCUCAUGCACUGAGCCAGAUGGGUGGUCCUCAUGCGCCUAGCCAGAUGGGGGGUCCUCAUGCACCGAGCCAGAUGGGCGGUCCUCAUGUGCCGAGCCAGAUGGGGGGUCCUCAUGCUCCGAGCCAGAUGGGCGGUCCUCAUGCCCCGAGCCAAAUGGGGGGUCCUCAUGCGCUGAGCCAAAUGGGUGGACCGCAUGCGCCAACCCAGAAGCAGCAGACCAUGCCCCAUCAACAAGGAUUGCCACAUCAGCCGUCACCCACGCAUCAUCAAAAAGGGCAGCAAGGACAACAACAUCAGCAGACACCUCCUCAUCUGCAGAAAGCACCACAAAAGCAGGAGCCAAUGACGGCUCCUGUUCCUGCUCCAGAGCCUGUGAAGCCUAAAGUGAACUGUCCGCUUUGUAAAACAGAGCUGAACAUCGGCAGCUCUGACCCGCCCAACUACAACACCUGUACGCAGUGUCACAGCCAAGUGUGUAACCUGUGUGGCUUCAACCCCACGCCACAUCUGGUGGAGAAGAAAGAGUGGUUAUGUCUCAACUGCCAGACCCAGCGGCUGAUGUCCGGAGGUGGUCUCGAUGAUACUCCACUUCCUGUUCCGCAUCCAUCUCCCAAGCACCAGCCAAUGGGCUCGCCCCGUCACCAGGCACCGACCAGUCAGCAAAGCCCUGUCCACAAACCCACUGGACAGCAGGGUCCCAGGCCAGUCCAGUCCCAGACGCAGAAACCACACGCGGGAACUGGAGGUAGCGGACCAUACACACCCACUGCUGCCAAACAGCCAACCGACGCCAAGACCACGACACCAGCUACGGCACCAGUACCAACCGCAGAGACCCAGAAACAGCCAAAACCCACAGAGGAGAAGCUCAAGACCGAGCAUGAGGCUGAGAACCAAACUGCCAAAGAGACCAAACCCUCCCAGAAGAAAGGAGAGCAGAUCACGCCAAUCAAGGACAUCAAGAAGUCCAGGCACUAUGACGACACAAAAAACAACAGCACCCAUGACUUGUCACGCAGCCCUCAGAGCCUCAGUGACACUGGCUACUCCUCUGAUGGCAUCUCCAGCUCCCAUAGUGAAAUCACGGGUCUAAUUCAAGAAGAGGAGAUGAAGCUGAGUGAGAGGGGUAUCAGUGGGCGGGGCUCCCCACCGAGUCCUUCUGAAAUUACCAAGUUAGAAAGCUCCAUGAGGCCUUUGCUGGAGAAGAGUCUCUCUGAAGAGAAGGCGGACAGAAGGGGGAGGAAGCACCGAGACAGAGACUUGGAUGACAGAGGAAAGCAACGUCCACGCUCCCUGUCAAUCCCACCAGAUGCAUAUGACUCCGACGAGGAACUAGAAGACAUACUGGAGGAGGAAGAGGAUGGAGGAGACUGGGAGGGUAAACGGAAGGAAGGGAAAGAGGAGAAGAAGGAAAAGAAAAAGAGGGAAAAAGAUGUCGAGCCCACAGAGAUGACAGAUGAGGAGUUUAUGAGGAGGCAAAUAAUGGAGAUGAGCGCUGAUGAAGAAAAUGAGGAGGAGGAGGAGGAAGAGAUGGAGGAAGAAGAGGACGAGGAAGACGAAGGAUAUGGCUACCAGAAACCCAAGAAAAGCCACCAUAAGCACAUCAUCUCUGACUCAGGGAAAGAAAAGAGACGUCUUCAGCACCACUCCAGCAGUUUUGAGGAGGAAACUAAGAGCUCCACUGAUGUUUACAAAGGCUCAGUGGAGGAGGGUGAAGAAGAUCUGAUGGCGUCACAAGGAGGCCUGAGGCGCUUCAAAACUAUCGAACUCAAUAACACCAAUAGCUACAGCCGAGACAUGGAGCUGUCCUCUGAAAAUGACUUGAGUCUUGAUCGGGAACCAGAGCUAGAGAUGGAGAGCCUGACAGGAUCUCCUGAGGAGCGUUCUCGGGGGGACUACUCCUCCACUCUGCCAGCCACUUCAUCCUCAUAUGGCUCAGGCCAGUCUCCUACUUCCAUCUCAUCAAUGGAGGAGGACAGUGACAGUAGCCCCAGCAGGAGGCAAAGGCUAGAAGAGGCCAAGCAGCAGAGGAAAGCCCGCCACCGCUCCCACGGCCCUCUCCUUCCCACCAUUGAAGACUCUUCAGAAGAGGACGAGCUGAGAGAGGAGGAGGAACUUCUGAGAGAGCAAGAGAAGAUGAGGGAGGUGGAACAACAGAGAAUUAGGAGCACAGCACGGAAGACUAAGAGGGAUAAGGAGGAGCUCAGGGCUCAGAGGCGCAGAGAGAGGUCCAAGACACCCCCUAGCAAUCUCUCACCUAUUGAAGAUGCUUCUCCAACAGAAGAGCUGAGACAAGCUGCAGAAAUGGAAGAGCUGCAUCGUUCUUCUGCCUCUGAAUAUUCCCCUCAGAGUCUGGACUCAGAGGCUGAGGGAUACGAGUCCAAACUUUACAAGUCAGGCAGUGAGUACAACCUGCCUACCUUCAUGUCUCUCUACUCACCAGUAGAGAAAUCAUCAAGUACAACAACCACCACAGCCCCAUCUUCAACUUCCAAGCCACUAAAGAGCGCCGAGGAAGUUUAUGAGGAGAUGAUGAGGAAGGCAGAGAUGCUUCAAAAACAACAGAAGCAACAGCAGCAACAGCAGCAACAUGGGAGACAUGGGCAGUACUAUGAGGAGGAUGUUAAUGGACAAGGUUAUGAUGACGAUUAUGAAUAUGAACAAGAUCAAACAGGAUAUGACAAUGAGGCAGUGGAGCAAGAAACAGAUAUUUAUGAGGAGAUCCGACAAACAUCUCAGAACAUCACCAAGAUGCAGCAGGCCACAGAUGAGCAAGUAGAGAUUGAGAUUGAGAGCUCCUACCCAGACAAACAGCUCCUAGACACAGGCUCAGCCUUUGCUAAGCUACUGGAGCAAAGCAAUGCCCUCCUAACUCCAGGGACCAGCCCCACCCAGAUCUCAGCUCCUGUCUCCUUUGCUGAGACUGGAGGGCGGAUUCCUGAUGUCCGAGUAACACAGCACUUCUCUGCAAAGGACGGGCACAAAGACAGGAUCAAAAGCCAAGCAGGAAAGAAUGGAAUAACUCCAACGGUGUCUGCCACAACCAUUGCAGCUUAUGGAGUUUAUGCCAGAGAUGCAGUGACUAUUUCUCAGACUAGUUCAAGCCACACUAUGACGUCGACUCAGUCUGCUAUAUAUGGCCGACACACAGGAAGUCCUGCCACAUCCUCGGCCACAGUCUCAAGUGUAUGCAGCAAGAUUGCAGAGAUAACACAGGCCUACAGUCAAAGAGAAGUGAUCACCAGAAGGGUAGGAGACACCAGAGGUGUCCAAGUGCGAGACAGUUCAACAUCUUCUACUGAGAGAAUUAUUGAGCCACGUUCUCCCAAAUAUACUACAUAUUACAGGAGUACCAGUCCUCCUCUUUCUCCUUCACCACCACCACAGAGUCCCACCCGUUCACCUUCCAGAAGGGCUACAGCUGAGUUCUCAACACAGACUUUCAGUUCAGCAUUACGAAUGGAGUCUGGCUCUGGGCCUACAUCUCCAGUCAUGGCUCAGGGAACCCAAACAUCACAUCGAUCGGUUUCCCCACGGCUCUAUCGACAGCAGUCUUCCCAGGAUGCCCCAUACUCCCCACCACCAAGCCCAGCUAGGCCAAUGACAGUCAACACUGCUACUUCUCCCCUGUCCUCACCCACCCGAUUUAGUCGGCAAUCAACAUUUGAUACUUACUCCCCAUGUGGCAGCCCUCCAGACACACCGCCCUACCAACAGUCUCCUACACACAGCUUCUACAGAACACAAAGAGUGGAGAAGGUAAAUGUGGGAACAAGUAUGGUCACCACGGCCGGCACCUACACCAGAGGGUCUAUGUCAAUGGAUAACAUCUCCCUCUGUCGAAUAUCUACAGUCCCAGGCACUUCUAGGGUAGAGCAGGGCCAUAUGAUCCAUGGUGGAAGUGUUGUGGACCUCAGAACAGUCAACAAACCAGCUCCUAUUAUCAUGACUGACCAGGGAAUGGAUCUCACCUCCUUGGCCACAGAAAGCAGGAAAUACCAUGGGGGAUCAGAGGGUAGCCGACAUUCAACAAUUGUACAGCCACUAAUUAUGAACCUUAACACCCAGGAAACCACCACACCAACCACUGUGAGUGUCACUGUGGCUGCUUCCAUGUUCAUGACCCAGCCCAAACAGCCAACAGUCUAUGGUGAUCCAAAUCAAAACCGAGUGGAUCUGGGUCAAGGCAUGGGUUCAGCUGUGUGUCUUUCCCAGAACAAACCACCUAUUUCACCUCCAACUGAUCCAUCAAUACCAAAAAUUGAUGCCAAACUGGAAGACCUCAGUGUCCAACAGAGAGAGCUACAAAAACAACAAGAGAAGCUGCAGAAGCAACAAGAGCUCCUUGAACAGCAGUUGCAACAGCACCAUCAAAUGCAGCACCAGCAGCAACAGGCGUCUGCUUUGGCCAGGUACAACCUUACUGGCCAGAUCUCACCUUUACUGAAAAAAGACUUGCUAGUCAGCCAGACUAGCACUGCCUCAGCUGUGGUCAGUGCAGUAUCACCAGUUAUUAACCCUGAGAUGUAUGGCACUGGUCCCAUUGAGCUGAAAGGGAAGCCCAGUCCUCCUGGUUUGAUGUCAGGAGGUAAAUCACCACAUAGCAUGGUAGUACAGAUGGAUGGAGGGCCAGAGCAGGCCAGAGCAGUGACUCAGCUGGUGAAGGUAGAGGAGGGACAGGAUGCUAUGGAUCUGACAGGAGGCCAAAUUAAACCUGACCAACCAGCUUGCUGUGAUGUUGUUUACCGACUUCCAUUUGGUGGAAGUUGUGUUGGUGGUUCUGAGAAAGAGGGCAUAAGGCCUCCAUCUGCCCCACCCCUCACUUAUGAGUCUGACCAAGAAAGACCUAGAAGUUACCAUGAGUAUCCAAUGGAUGCACGUAAGGCCUACACAUUACCUUUCCCUGGUAGACUCCAGCCUUCGAUGUCUGAUACAAACCUAGCUGAAGCUGGACUACAAUCCUACCAUUCUAAACUAGAACCACACAUCCAAGCCUCAGGAGAACUUGCCAUAGAUCUAACUGCUAUGAAACAGGGCUAUGGAGGAUAUAUAGGAAUGCAGUAUGGUUCCUAUACAGAUUUAAGGCAUGGAGGAGAUAUAACAGCCCAAACACUGCCUAUAAGGAGAUAUAAUUCCUUAUCUAACAUUAGUUCAGACUACGGUUACUCUGCUCGUGACAUUGCUAACUUCCAAGAAGCUAACUUGGCUCAGUACAGUGCUACAACUGCUAGGGAGAUCAGCCGAAUGUGUGCAGCACUCAAUUCCAUGGAUCGGUAUGGAAGCAACCCGGACUUGAUGCAGUUUGGUAGUUUGGGCAGAGGAACUGGGCCUGCAGCCUCCAGACUUGUAGCAGGUCUUGGCAUGAGACAAAACCUCCUCUUUGGACUAGAUGGGAAGACAAUCUCUCACAGUCAAGCGCUAACCAACCUUAUCAAUGCUAGGCAGGCCAGUCUCAGAGCCAUGUACCCUGCUGCUAUCAGGUCCUCUGAUGGAAUGAUCUACUCUACCAUUCAGACCCCAAUCGCUUCUACACUACCCAUCACAACCCAGCCUGCCUCUGUUCUUCGCCCGCUACUGAGGGGGGUCUACAGGCCAUACCCCUCUGCCAACAUGACACCCGUGCCCCUAUCCAGUCUCAGCAGAUUACCAAUGAGCCCCAGAAUGCCCCUGUCUGGGCAAGGUCCAGUUCGUUAUCCAGCACCAGGUCUUCUCCAGACAACAUCUACCACUGCCACUACUGAUGGUGCUGCAACAACUUCUGUGCCAGUUGGUGCCCCAGUGUCUGUUUCUAUGGCAACUACUAGCUCUACAGUCCAGGAUGAACCUGUUUACCUUGGUAAAGGUGCCACAGUGUCCUCCUCAUCAGCAGAGGCAACCUCAGUACAAGGAACAGUUGCCGUACCAAUGGAGCCACAGCAGCAGCCGAUAAACCUGUCCCAGGCACACCUGAACAGUCAACAACAACAACAGCAACAGGUGACAACUGCUCAGCAGCCACAACAACCUCCAGCGGCCCAUGCCUACCCACCUUCAGCUCCUGGUGGGGGCCCCUCUGCCCCAACCAGUGGCUUACCCAUUCCAGGUGGUCUUCCUCCCUUCCCUCCACCAGGUGCCAUACACAAGGAGGGUGAAACAGAGGCAGAGAGGUUGCAUCGGCAGCAGGAGCAACUCCUGCAGAUGGAGAGGGAGCGCGUGGAGCUGGAGAAACUUCGCCAGCUGCGCCUGCAGGAGGAGCUGGAACGGGAAAGGAUAGAGCUGAAGCUGCACAGGGAGAAGGAGCAGAUACUGGUGCAGAGAGAGUUACAGGAGCUGCAGAACAUCAAGGAACAGGUUCUACAGCAACAGCAACAGGAACGCGAGAAACAACUUGUUCUCCAGAGGGAGCAGCUGGCUCAGCAGAAGUCCCAGCUAGACCAGAUCCAGUCUCUGCAGCAGCAGCUCCAGCAGCAGCUUGUAGAGCAGAGGAGACAGAAAACAGUAGCUCAGAGCAUGCAGGUGGAUGUGAACGGACAGCCCAUGCACUCUCAGAUGGGCUCCCGUUCCCUCCCCAACUCUUCAUCAGAGAUGUGUCUGAGGACCCAGGAGGAGCACAUGGAGACCAGGACCAACAUGAGGAAACACAGUUCAAUGACCAGGCUGAGCAGGGACAGCUUGGACAGCGAUGGCGUGGUGUUUUAUGGCUCCCCCCGCAGGAUCGUAGACAGCUGUGUGCAGACAGACGAUGAAGACGGGGAGGAGAGGUACAUGAUGCGUCAUCGCACCAGAAGGCGUGGUCGCAGUGUUGACUGCUCCGUCCAGACAGAUGACGACGAGGACAAGGCUGAGAUAGAGCAGCCGGUCCGCCGAAGACGUUCCCGUUUCUCCCGGCACUCCGAGUCCAGUGCUGCUGGCAGCAGCACAGCCGCCACGACCUCCGCAGCUACUGACACCAAAACCGACACUCCCAAGAUGGUAUCCUCCAGUAUCGCCAUCCAGACCAUCAGGGAAAUGUCUUGCCAGACAGAAGUGGAGCAUCUAGGACGAGUUUCCCCAGCAAUCCAUGUGACAGUGCCAGACCCAAAUAAAGUAGAGAUUGUGCACUACAUCUCUGGACCUGAGCGGACCAAAAAAGGACAAUCUCUAGCAUGCCAGACUGAUCCAGAAGCCCAGUCACAGGGUGUUGUAGCUCCCCAGCUCAGUGUGCCAACCACGGUCAGUCCAUAUUCUUCCUCUACCAGCGCCGGAACGCAACAAUCCGGCUCUGUUGACCUUCUGACCCAGCAGCGGCAGCAGCAGCAUAUUGCAGCAAACGCAGCCAAGUUUGAGCGACGACGCCCCGACCCGCUCGACAUCAACUACCAGCCUCACAACCACCUGCACAACGAGUCCAUCUCCAGCAUCAUCCGGCAGCAGCAGACAGCCCCCAAAUCCCCACAAGUCCUCUACUCUCCUGUCUCCCCAGUGUCCCCUCACCGCCUGCUGGAGAAUUCUCUGUCCAGUGAAAGGCUAAACAAGGCCCAUGUCACGCCUCAGCAGAAGUCCUACACGGCCGAGUCCCCCCAGCGACACCCCUCUGUGCCCCGGCCCAUCAAGAGCACUCAAAGGUCCAUGUCAGACCCCAAGCCCCUCAGCCCCACCACGGACGAGCACACCAAGGCCAGGCUGUCCCUCUAUCAACAGCAAGCACUCCAGAGCCAGCUGGCAGCCCUACAGCAGAGCUCACUGCUCCGUAAGGUCAAGCGAACCCUGCCCAGCCCUCCUCCGGAAGAGACUACUUCAGCUCACCUGCCCAUGAUGACACCCGCCCUCCAACAGGUCUACCUGCCUUCCGUGCCCAGCCUCAAGCCCAGCUCCAGGUCUGGCCUGGCUGCCAAAGCCAGCCUCCUCAAAGACCUCACUCACGAGUUGAAGGCCGUGGAGCAAGAGUCGACUAAGCUGAGAAAGCAGCAAGCUGAGCUGGAGGAAGAAGAGAAAGAGAUUGAUGCUAAACUGAGAUACUUAGAGCUGGGGAUCCAUCAAAGGAAAGAGACACUGGUCAAGGAGAGGGAGAGGAGGGAUAUUGCAUACCUGAGGUGUAUGGGGGACACUAGGGACUAUAUGUCUGAUAGUGAGUUGAAUAACCUACGUUUAGCAGCUGCAGCUGCAUCACAUGAGACCAAUGGGCUACUGUCAACAAGGCCAAGCACCGCACCUCUUAGCCAGUUUACCAGCGAUCUCAAUACAGCAGCCCAGUACCCACCCACCUCAUCCUUCCUCUCCUGUCAAUACCCCCAGAACCAACCAACAGCACCAACUCAGCAAUCAAGUCUGCCAUACCAGUCUUCGACAUUCAACCAGCCUCCCUAUCCAACAGUGUCUCAGUCCCAGGCACUGCCACAGCCCACGCCCCUCCAGAGCCAUGUCCCCCCUCCUGGACCUUCUUACCAGUCUCAAACCUCCUAUCCUUCCCACUCCUACCCCCAAACUCAGCCCCCAUACCCCCAGACAGACAUGGGGUUACCAGCUGCACCUCAGCCUCAGCCCCAGCCGGGGCAUACAGGUUUUGGGCCUGCACCUCCUGGUCAGCCCCCAUACCCCACCCACAGCUCACCCUAUCCCAGCGCUGUGUCCUCCUACCCCAGCCAGACCACCCCAUACCCUGGGCAACCCCAAGCUGAUAUCCUGACAGUCCACCCAGGAAGACCAAGGCAGACUUCUCUAGCCGAUCUGGAGCACAAGAUGCCCACCAACUAUGAGACAAUUAGCAACCCCACAGUGGUGGUCACAACCACAGCCCAGGAUGCUACCUAUUCAAGUGCAGCCCCCUCUUAUGGCCAGUACACUGGAUCAACAACCAUGGCCAGCUCCUAUGGGCCCUAUGGUUCAGCACCAGUGUCCAGCAGCUACGGUGGGUACUCUGCCAUGCCACCCAGCACUUAUGGCCAGUAUACUUCAACCUCAGCUAGUUCAUAUGGCCAGUACACUACAACUACAGCUAAUACUUAUGGCUACACCACCACCACAGCCAGCUCUUAUGGACAGUACACAUCUACCGUUUCCAAUGCCUAUGGGCACUCUGUAGACAGUCCCUCCACCUACAGCACUGCAGAUGGGAUGUAUGGGGCUCCUGGCUUAGAACAAAACAUCCCAAGAAACUACAUGAUGAUCGACGAUGUAAGUGAGCUGACGGCAAAAGACGGGCUGGGCACGACGACAGGGGACAUGAUGCAUCAUGGCGGCAGUGGGCGUUACCCGGGCGACAUCCACGGCCACAGCACCAUUGGCAGCACGACGCGUGGGGGAACUGGCAGCUCCUCGUACGGCAGGGCACCUGAAGAGGAAGCCGCGAUGCAGGAAGAGCUGUACGACCACCACGGCAGGGGUAAGAGCAGCUACAGGCACGGACCUCUAGGGGGCAGCAGCAGCAGCGUGAGCGCUAGCAUGGGUGGGGGAUCCCCCUAUUACUAUGACUACGACUACAAACAUGGCAGCAUCCGCUCCGGGGUACAGAAACCUCCGUCAUCCGCCAGAAGCCUUCUGGCUCCUGCUGUCAUGUCGUCCAAGCGCAGCAAGCACAGGAAACUGGGGAGUAUGGAGCAAAAAAUCUCCAAGUUUUCCCCCAUUGAGGAGGCUCGGGAUGUGGAGGCAGACCUGGCCUCCUAUUCCUCAGCAACAGGUGGGGUGUAUGCCUCCUCUCACAUUCGAGGGCGCCAGCUGAUCGAGGAUUACGGCUUUAAGAGGAGUGCUUACGACAGCGGCAGUGGCACUACCACCCACGGUAGUCGAUACUACGGUUCAACAGUGGAGGAGGACGAUCGGAUUUAUUACACCUCCACCGGCCGCUCCCGUUCCACCGGCUACGGCAUGGACAAGAUCUCAGCCAGGGACUACCCUGGGUAUCGCAGCCGAUCCUAUGAGAGGGAUGACCGCUCCUACAGAUCUGGCUACACCCGUGGGCGUCACCCAACCCGCCAGUACUCUGAAGAGGAGAGCCCGCUCAGUCCCCUGGGGAGGUUCAUGGGUUCUGGUCGAUCGUCAAGCUUAGGUCCCGACCCAUACGACAGUCGCAGCAGUAGAUAUCAUUACUAUUACGGCCAGUAUGGUUCCAGCCACUCACUGCCAGAUGUACAAGACCACAUACGGGACCUUCCGCGGACACAUGUCUACAAAUCGGAUGAUACAUACAUUAUAGACGAUUAUCAUUGCGCUGUGUCAGACAGCGAAGCCUACCAUCUGGGCCAAGAAGAAACUGACUGGUUUGAGAAGCCUCGCUCCAGUUCUCGACACUACGGCGGCAGCCACUCAUCUGGAAGGAGCCGGCACAGUGUCAAACACACCUACCAUGAUUACGAUGAGCCCCCCGAAGAGGACCUGUGGCCCCAGGAUGAAUACGGCCAUGGAGGGCGACACACUUCAUCCCGUGACCACCGGCACCAUGGCAGCUCAGGCCGACAUUCAUCCUCCUCACGGCAUUCAGAUGAGCCAAGGUCCUCAAGGUCAUCUAAGGGGCACCUGAAAGACCCGUCAAUGCGCCAUGACCCUUCAGGACGAUCCUCAUCUUCAGGAAGGCGUGGCGACUCAAGAUCUGGAGGGUACCACUCUACCGACUACUCCCGCGAUCCGUCCGGGCACCACCACGGCCAGCGCUCCUCCAGACAGGGGGACCCACACCGCUCCUCACGCAGCAAGUCCCAGCAGCCAGUGGACAUGCAGGGCCAACCACCAGGCUCCUCCAGAUCUGGCAGUAGCUCUGCCCGUGCUCAGGGCCCCGCUGGUGGGCCCACGGGAUCAGGACGACAGAGUGGUCCAGGUCCCCAGACAGACGGGGCUCCAGGACAGAGGACCCAGCUCCAACAACAGGCCCAGACAUCAGCGGCCAGGCCGGGACAGCCCGGUGCCGCAGCGGUCACCGGCCCUCAGCAGCAGCCCGCAGCCCAAGGACAAGGUAUGGGCAUGGGCAUGGGCAUGGGGCAGGGCCAGGCCAAGCCGGGCCAGAUGGGACCAGCAGGUGGACCUAUGGGCCAAGCCAGACAGACAGGUCCAGCAGGAACCACACCACCCACUAUGGCCAAGAUCGACACACCACCGGCAACAGCUAUUGGAGCUAAGGCAGCGCCUGUCAUGGCCACAAAAGCCGCCCAGCCCCCGCUCACAGGCAUAGGCUCCAAGGCAGCUCCUAGGCCAGGAGGUAUUGGAAGUGCAGCAGCAGGUCAGCCUGGUAUGGAGGGAGACAGCAUGCUGUCCAAGAUCCUGCCUGGAGGAGCCGCUGAGCAGGCCGGCAAACUGGGAGAAGCUAUCACCGGCUUUGGCAAGAAGUUCACCUCUUUCUUCUGA